GAGUAGCUGGGCAGGAGGGAGGGCAUAGAGUGCUCAGCCGAGUGCUGGACGUGGAACGAAGACGCAAGGACAUCUUCUUGGACCUCGUUGGCAGCAUUGCCUUUCCCCCCUCUUGGCCUCCUUCUUUGCAGAGCGGACCAUGGCGAGCAGGGCUACAGUUCUGAUCGGGGUGCUGACCCUCUUCUCAGUGUCUUCUGCCACACAGGCGCAGAAAGGUUUCUGGGACUACUUCAGCCAGAGCAGCAGGGACAAAGGCAAGAGGGAGCAGAUCCAGCAGCAGAAGUUGGCAAGGGUGCCCUCGAGUCUGAAAGAUGGCCUUGAGGGCGACCUCAGCAACAUGGACAAGCUGCUGGAGAAGCUGGGCCCCUUGAGCGGGCAGGGGCGGGAGCCUCCAGGCCUCCCAGAGGACCCUGAGGCCAUGCGGCAGCAGCUGCAGGCCGAGCUGGCCGUAGUGCGAGACCGCCUGGAGCCCUACAUGGCCGAGGUGCAUGAGCACGUGGGCUGGAAUCUGGCCGGGCUACGGCAGCAGCUGACGCCCUACACGUCGGAGCUGCUGGACCAGGUGGCCCUGCGCACGCAGGAGCUGCAAGAGCAGUUGCGCCUGGUGGGGGAGGGCACCAAGACGCAGGUGCUGGGGGGCGUGCACGAGGCGCGGGGCCUGCUGCAGGAUCUGCAGAGCCGCGUGGCGCACACCACGGGCCGGGUGAAGGAGCUCUUCCACCCUUACGCCCAGCGCCUGGUGGCGGGCAUCGGGCACCACGUGCAGGAGCUGCACCGCAGCGUGGCGCCCCACGCGCCCGUCAGCCCCGCGCGCCUGAGCCGCUGCGUGCAGGGCCUCUCGCGCAAGCUCACGCGCCAGGCCAAGACGCUGCACGCGCGCAUCCAGCAGAACCUGGACCAGCUGCGCGACGAGCUCAGUGCCUACGUCCGCGCAGGCGCCGAGGGGGCCGAGGAGGGCGCCGCCCCCGACCCCCAGGCACUCUCCGAGGAGGUCCGGCAGCGGCUGCAGGCGUUCCGCCAUGACACGUUCCUGCAGAUCGCCGCCUUCACCCGGGCCAUCGACCGCGAGACGGAGGAGAUGCAGCAGCAGCUGGCGCCGCCCCCGCCCAGCCAUAGCGCCUUCGCGCCGGAGUUCCUCCAAGCGGACCGAGGCAAGGCCCUGGGCAAGCUGCAGACCCGCCUCGACGACCUGUGGGAAGACAUCAACCACAGCCUCCACGGCCAGGACCCUAGCCAUCUUGGGGAAGCCUGAGGAUCGGCUUGUCUAGGCCCCACACCCCGCACCCAGUCUGGGUCUCUGGCGUGCUCAAUACUGACAAUGGCCCGUGGGGCAGAGGGGAGAGGAUCUCCCCCCACCCCCCCAGCAGUGCAGUCAGCCUCUUGGGGCAACCCCUCCAAUCCGGAUGCAUUACACUCACCAGGCUACACAAA